ACAAGGAAUAUUAAUUUCAAAUAUUAUUUUAAAAUAUUUUAUAACUAACUAGCCAGCUCCUUUGUUUAUUUCAAAAGAGGACAGAUAUUUCUGGGAUUCGAUACACCCAUCUUUAUACUGGAGAGAAAAUACCAAACAGGGAGAUAUCCUCUGGAAAUUCGCCUUCAGGAGAAGAGGACUGACAAGCAGCAAUGAUACUCGGUCCCUGUCCGGACACCCUGCACGGCACAAGGAGGCCGGACUUCGAGCUGCUGCCUCUCUCCUUGAUGCCAGCCACGUUCCUCGUCCUCCUCCUCCUCAGCCCCACUGGCACCACCUCUGAGCCCGAGAUGUUGCCAUUCCCAGAGAUCCGUCUCACCAACGGGCCCAGCCGGUGCCAGGGGCGAGUGGAGAUCCUCUACAAUGGCUCCUGGGGGACAGUCUGUGACGAUGACUGGGACAUCGUGGAUGCCAACGUGGUGUGUCGCCAGCUGGGCUGUGGCCAUGCCAUCACCCUCCCAGCUGCCAUGACCUUUGGCCAGGGGAGUGGGCCCAUCUUCCUGGACAACGUGGACUGCAAGGGCUGGGAGGCAGCCCUGAGCGAGUGCUGGAGCCAUGGCUGGGGCAUCCACAACUGCUACCACUAUGAGGACGUGGCUGUUGUGUGCAAUGAGUUCUCACCCACGCAAGUGAGCGAAGGACCGACCACCAGGACCCUCACAGCCCCGGUACAGGAUGGGGAAAGUGACGGCAGCAUCCGCCUGGUGAGCGGCCCCGACACCUGCCAGGGCCGGGUGGAGAUCUUCUACCGCGGGAACUGGGGCACUGUCUGCGAUGAUGACUGGGGUCUGAGUGAUGCCAGCGUGGUCUGCAAGCAGCUGGGCUGUGGGCAAGCCCUGGAUUACAAGAGCAAUGCCUAUUUUGGCUAUGGAACAGGACGUAUCCUCCUGGACAACGUCAACUGCGAUGGCAGUGAGCCCUUCCUGUCUGCCUGCUACAGCCUGGGCUGGGGCAUCCAUAACUGCGGCCACCACGAGGAUGCUGGGGUCAUCUGCACAGGACUGGACACAUCCACCAUCACAUCAUUCACCACCUCGGUGGCCCUGGGCUCUGAGGAGACCCUCACAGCCACGGCCACAGCAGUGACAGACAGCAGGGAUCAGCCCUCCCAGGCCACUGAGGUGGUCACCACCAGGCUCCUGACCAUCGAGCAGGAAAGGGGUUGCACCCAGAUCCCCAGGGAUUACCCCAGAAACCGAGGGCUCACCCCACGCCCUUGGAGGGUCAGCAGGGGACACCGAACCCCCUGUGGAGCCCUGGUCCCCCCGGCGUCGUGGCACGCAGGUGGCGGCUUGCGGCUGGCGAACGGGAACGGGAGCUGCCGCGGGCGGGUGGAGGUGCGGCACCGCGGCACCUGGGGCACCGUCUGCGACGACGACUGGGACUUCCCCGACGCCCAGGUGGUUUGCCGGCAGCUGGGCUGCGGCAGCGCCCUCGCCGCCACCGUGCUCGGCUCCUUCGGCUACGGCAGCGGGCCCGUGCUGCUGGAUAACGUGGGCUGCGGCGGCGGCGAGGCCAGCCUGGCCGACUGCUUCCACCUGGGCUGGGGACAGCACAACUGCGGCCACCACGAGGAUGCCGGGGUCAUUUGCCGAGGUGAGAGGUCCCUGCGCCUGGUGAACGGCAGCCACCGGUGCGAGGGGCGUGUGGAGAUGUUCUACCUGUCCCAGUGGGGCACGGUGUGUGACGAUGCCUGGGACCUGCGGGACGCCAAGGUGGUGUGCAGGCAGCUGGGCUGUGGCCACGCCCUGGCAGCUUGGGGCGAGGCUCACUAUGGCCAAGGCACCGGCUACAUCUUCCUCGACAACCUCAAGUGCAAGGGCCACGAGCCCUCGCUGCUGCGCUGCUCCCACAUCCGCUGGGACGUCCACAACUGCGACCACUCCGAGGAUGCUGGUGCUGUCUGUGACAUCCUAUGA